GGCGCGCACAAUCCGUACAAAAGCGGCGCGGGAGUAACAAGCCGAGCCAGUCAAGUUUGUAGUAGUUCAACAAGCACCACUUCUCACCAUCACGGCACCAGUGCACGGCAAGCACGCCUGUGGAUCCGCAUAUCACAGUUCGUUUCAUGGAGCACUAAUACUGGCCUGUUUCAUGCGUUGUACAUCUACGACGUGUUAUUUUUUGCUGGUUCUUCAAGAUAGAUUUCUGAUCAAGAUUGAGCGCACCUUUCCCCCCACACCAAACACCGGUACGGGCAUUGUCUCCGUGUUAUUUCGAGGUCUAAAACAGGAUUCACAGAAACUCCUGAUCAAACGGGGAAGCACUGGAUCUAAUACAUUUCAAGAAGGACAUUGAAGAAAAGAACCGCUCCGAGGAGGAGUGAAUGCAGCUCCAGAGGAGGCAGGGAUCAGCAGGGGCGAAGCAGCAGACCAGCGGCGGGAAGACUCCCCCGGAGCCGACCAUGUCCCUGAGCGCCUUCCACCUGAUGCAAACGCUGAAGAAUUCCCCGGCCGCCAUCCGCCGGCGGCUGAGGCGUGACCGCACCGAGAGCCUUUCACACGGGGACCCGCUCUUCAAGGUCUACUACCUUGGCACGGAGAAGAUCUUCUCCCUCGACCUACAGCAGGCCCAGGAUGCCAUAAGCCGGCUUCUGGAGGGCGCCCCCGGCAGGCCGAGCAAAGAGCAUGCACUGGUGGUGCGGCCGCGCUACGUAGAGGUGAAGGAGAUCAGCACGGGCCGCCAGCUCACCAAGACCUUCUUGCAGGACAUCGCGUACUGUGCCGCCGACUCCACCCACCCCAACGUCUUCAUCUACAUCUGCAAGCAGCGUGGACAGCAGCUGCACUGCCGCGUGUUCUGGUGCAGCCGCGCAGAGCGGGCCCGCGACCUCACUGCUUGCCUGGCCCACUCCUUCCAGCGGGCGUUCAGCGACUGGCAGGAUGCUGUGACGGUCCCCGCCCAGGUGGAGACGCUGCCUGUGCUAGAGGAGCGACCCAGCACACCCUCCCCGCCAUCACGGAGCCUGACUUUGCCUGCCAGCCUGGGGAAAGUUCGCUGGAGGAAGAGGAGCUCCUUGUCUACAAGCCCCCUGAGAGCUAUUCUGAGGAGAAGCUCAGAAGGUUCCGAUAGCCGGGUCUGGCCCUGAGGCAACUGCUGCACGCUUCGCGCCAGACUCGCAUGAUUCUGCAAGAGCGACCUAGAAAUUUCACGCUUCUCCUACAGGCUUUCUUGGGACACCAAGGGAUCUGUGUUUUUCGUGGGUCCAAAGUGUGGUGUGAUUGGCCCCCACCGUUACCUUCCGGUCAGGGUGUGUGUGUGUCUGAAGUUUGGAUGACAACCUGUUGAGUGGCGCUGAUGACCAGAGGCUUUUCUGAUGGGUCUGCCAGAGCUUGGAAAGAUCUGGAGUAUCUUCUGAGUCUCUCCAGCCGUUGCUUGUUGUCAGGCUGGUCUGGGAAGUUCUUCACGAGUCAGAUGGAUUGUUUUGCAAGUUUUAGGUUCCUGAGGGUUGGGUUAUGCGGUGUGGGAGGGUGGGGGUCAGUAGCUGGAUUGUAAUGAUUAUCCAGUCAUGCCAGAUCAAGGGGAGGGGGGAUUAAUGGUGUUCUGGAAGGCUGGUAUUUAAGGACCGCUUUUUGAAAUAGUCACUGUGUUUACAGUUUCAGUGAAAUGGUUCGCAAGCUCUGCUGCAUCUGAUCUGCAGUGCAGUGUAACAUGAUACAGAAUAUUUCAAAUGUUUCUGGUCAUUGCAUGAGAAAAUUAGGUCAGUACCUCAAGUUGUUUUAUGCCCCAACCCUAUUAUGUCUGUGCUCCAUUUUUAACUGCCUGUGUCCCCCCUUC